AUGUCCUCCCUUUUCGACGCUGUCAUCCAGUCCGAGCUGGGCUCAACCGCUGGCUCUCGCGAUGGCCGAACCCUCCAUUCAGAUAACUUCCCCAGCAGUUCACGAGCGCAACCGCUUUCAGAGAGCAAUGCUCCUAUGAGCGAUGCCAAUGCCUUUCCUGACGAUCAAGUCGCCGAGUCCAAUGGGUCGACCGUGACCCGGCUGCGGAAUCCCUAUGUCGCUGGACCCCCGCCAGUGCCUGACUUGGCCGGUGAAAAGGUACAGCAGGCCUUUGAGGAACUGCUGGAGAGUUAUCAAGAGGACGCUGCACCUACAUCGCACCCACCACCAUCUUCAGCGCCCAUGAGCGAUAAAUACUACGUUGCCCAGAUCCAUGGAAUGGCCAAAUGGGAGUUGUCCACACUGUAUGUUGACUUUACGCACCUGACCUCGCUGGACAACCCGAUUCUGGCAGACGCAAUUGCGAAUCAAUACUACCGCUUCCAGCCGUUCUUGGUGAAGGCGCUGCACAACCUGAUUGCCAAGUACGAGCCCGAAUACUUUGUUUCCCACCGGCAAGCAACCACUAGCGUUUCCUCACAAGCCGGCACAUCCUUGAUGGCCGGCCACUCGAGUGUUUCAGACGAUCCCAAGUUGGCGAAGACGAUCCGUGAAAAGACUCGGCACCAGCAGACGGACAAGCUAUUCUCCAUUGCAUUCUACAAUCUACCUCUUGUUUCCAGACUGCGACAACUCCGCACAUCGCAGAUUGGAAAACUUCUUUCAGUCUCUGGUACCGUCACACGAACAUCUGAAAUCCGCCCAGAACUCUCCCUUGGAACCUUCCUCUGCCAGGCUUGCAGGUCGGUUUGCUCCAACAUUGAACAGACUUUCCGUUACACAGAGCCCACGCAAUGCCCCAACAGCACCUGCGGUAACCGUUUUGGGUGGCACCUGGACAUCGGAAAGAGUACCUUUGUCGACUGGCAGAAGGUCAAGCUGCAGGAAUCUUCGCAUGAGAUUCCGACAGGUAGCAUGCCCCGCACCAUGGAUGUGAUUCUCCGCGGCGAGAUGGUCGAUCGUGUCAAGGCCGGCGAACGGUCCAUCUUCACUGGUACACUAAUUGUGAUUCCCGAUGUUAGCCAGCUCGGGCUUCCAGGUGUGCGUCCCGAGGCUGUGCGCGAUAACAGCGCCUUCCGCAGCAGCGAUGUCGGCGGCGGUGGUGUCAGUGGUCUCAAGUCCCUUGGUGUGAGGGAUCUUACCUACAGAUUGGCCUUCUUGGCGUGCAUGGUCACUCCUGAUACGACGACCCCGGGCCAACAAUCGAACCAGCAACUUAGUGGCCAAUCGCACAGAAUCCUCGGUUCAUUAAAUCAGAACCCCGACCCUGAGCCCGAUGAUGAUAAGGCACAAGAGGCGUUCCUCCAGAGCUUGAGUCCCUCGGAGGUGAACGAUUUGAAGAGCAUGGUUCAUUCUGAGUAUAUCUACUCGCGGUUGGUAGACUCGAUUGCCCCUAUGAUUUACGGACAUCGGCAAAUCAAGAAGGGGUUGCUUCUGCAGUUGGUUGGAGGUGUGGCCAAGACGACAUCGCAAGAGAGCUUGCAGCUUCGUGGUGACAUCAACAUUUGCAUUGUUGGUGAUCCGUCAACAAGCAAGAGUCAAUUCCUCAAGUAUAUCUGCUCUUUACAUCCCCGCGCUGUUUACACCAGUGGUAAGGCUUCGUCUGCUGCUGGUUUGACAGCCUCAGUCGUGAAGGAUGCCGAAACCGGCGAGUUUACAAUCGAAGCUGGUGCUCUGAUGUUGGCUAACGGCGGCGGCAUCUGCGCCAUCGACGAAUUCGACAAAAUGGACAUCAGCGACCAAGUCGCAAUCCACGAAGCCAUGGAACAGCAAACAAUCUCGAUCGCCAAAGCCGGCAUCCACACAACGCUCAACGCGCGCGCCUCGAUCCUCGCCGCCGCAAACCCCAUCGGCGGCCGCUACGACCCCAAGACCACCCUCCGCGGCAACCUCAACUUCAGCGCCCCGAUCAUGAGCAGAUUCGACCUGUUCUUCGUCAUCCGCGACGAGCCCAACGAGGAAGUCGACCGCAACCUCGCCGACCACAUCGUCAAUGUCCACAUGAACCGCGACGAGGCCGUCGAGCCCGAGUUCAGCACCGAGCAGCUGCAGCGGUAUAUUCGCUUCGCGCGCACGUUCCGGCCUGUCUUCCGCGAGGAAGCCAAGACGCUCCUCGUUGAAAAGUACAAGGAGCUCCGUGCGAAUGAUGCCCAGGGUGGCAUGGGUCGCUCCUCGUACCGUAUCACCGUCCGCCAACUGGAAUCGCUCAUCCGUCUCUCCGAGGCGAUCGCCAAGGUCAACUGCGUCGAGGAAGUCGUCCCCAAAUUCGUCCGCGAAGCCUACGACCUCCUCCGACAGAGUAUCGUCACCGUCGAAAAGGACGACGUCGAAGUCGACGAUGAGGAAGACGCCGCAGGCGGCGCCGACGAAGAUGACCACGAAAUGGCCGACCGCGACAGGGACGGCGAUAGCCCCAUGCGCGAGGAACAGCCGGAUCAGCAGCAGCAGCAGCAGCGCGCCAAGACGAAGAUCACAUACGACAAGUACAUGAGGAUUCUGAACCUUGUUGUGCGUCGGAUCCGGGAAGACGAGGCGCAGGCCGGCGAGGGUGUGGAGCAGGAGGAUCUGCUCGUCUGGUACCUGGAGCAGAUUGAGGCGGAGCUGAAUAACGAGGAGGAUCUGCAGCGCGAGCGUGGGCUUGCUGUUAAGGUUCUGAAGCGCAUGGUUAAGGACAACAUCCUAAUGCCAAUCCACGGCGAAGGCCUCGUCGACGACGGCAGCGAGACACAGACGCAACGAACCGUCUACGUCCUGCACCCCAACUGCGCCAUUGAUGAGGAGUAA